AUGUUUCUUUUUAUUUUACUCUUUUUGGUCAUUGUGUUUGCUCAACCAGAUGACUCGGAAGUUCCUGGUCCUUCAAAUCCACGUCCUGAGACUCCCCCUCCAACAGUUGAAACACCUCCACUUUUUGGUACAUUUGGAACAAGAUUUUUUAAAACAUUGCCGCGUGCACCUCGUACAACAUCUUCUACAAAAACACCACCUUCUCCAAAGAAGACACCUCCUCCUAGUCCCCCAAGUGCUCGUGGCCCUCUUCCUCCAAUACCUACUGGAACCAUCCCACGUACUCCUCGUUCUGGAACAACAUUAAGAAGAUCCAAAUCUCUACCACGUGGUGGGUGGGGUUCUCGACUUUUUGGCAGUCAAAGUGGACCAGGGGUUCGCCAUGGAGAGACGAGCCCCAAACGAACAGGACGUCAAAGUCCACCAACAAUAUCAUGGACUGGAGUUCAACAACAUCCCGUUGCACCCCGACAAGCAGAAGACCCAUUGCUCGACAUAGAUACUCAAAAUAAAUUCACUGAACUUCAAACAACAGAAGAGUCAUUUGUUUUGGGGCUUGUUGAGUUAGAGGAAUAUAUGGAAAAACAUCCCGAAAUUUUCAAACCCAAGUACAUAACAAUUGUGCAAUUUCUUAUCAAUAAACACAACAAUUUUUUGAAAAAGCUCAUUUUAGCAAACACUGAGAAAAAAGUAUCCUUAAUUAUUACAGCGCUUGAGGACUUUACACUCUUCAUGUUAGAGAUAGAAAUGAAAAACACGUACGUUAAAUUUAUUGGUGCGAUAAAUAAGUGGCUGAAAACACUUGAAAAAUACAACCCGUUUCCUCGAAAGAACAGAGAACUUUCUAUAAUUGGAGGUUUGAUAUUAUUACCAAUGCAGAGGCUUCCAAGAUACGAAUUACUUUUGUUGGAUUUAAUAAAAAGCCCACAACUCCAGGGGAAUGUUGUUGUGAAGAGAGCUCUUGACGCUUCAAAAGAGAUGGCAAAUUACGUCAAUUCCAAAACAAAGAAGAUGAAAUAG